UGCCUGCGCGCCGACCUGGCCGACGGCCUGAGCCGCAUCCUGGCCUCGGAGCAGUACAACGUGACCCCCGCGCUGGCGGUGGAGCGCGUCGUCCCCGUCGACGCCGGCGGCCCCGCGCACCGCAUGGACGUCGCCCUCAACGAGGCGGGGCUGCCCACCCUGGCGGCCACCGCCAUCAAGGUGUUCGAGAGCCACGCGCUGGUGUGGAAGAUGUGGCCCGGCAUGCUGCACCUCAAGAUCUUCCGCAGCCCCGGCGAGGGCAUGGACGCCGCGCUGGAGGUGCCGCCCAGCACAGACGGCCGCACCUGGGGGCUGGCGGCCAUCGGCGCGCGCCGGCGCCUCACCAUGGCCCUGCUGCCCAUCAUGUACAAGAUGGGCGUGGGCACCACGCUGCUGGGGGUGCUCGUCUUCCUCGCGCUCAAGACCAUGUUCAUGGUGAGCAUCCUGUUCGUGCUGGCCGUCACCAGCUUCGCCAAGCACAAGCUCGGCGGCCUCAGCCACCAGCCCUACGUGCACUACGCGCACUACGCGCCGCCCCACCACAAGGAGGUGCACGUCCACGUCCACGCCGACCCCCACAAGCAGGCGUACGGAGGCUGGCACCGCUACGGAGGCCACGGAGGCCACCACGACGGCGGCUACCACACCGUGUACCCGUCAUCCUACCACUCGGGCCCGCCGCCGUCUGACGAGGGGUACUACGAGUCGGAGGGCCCGGCCUACUACCACCACCGACGCACCGGCUACGCGGGGCUCUUGGCCUCCUCGCCGAGCGCGCCGCAAAGGUGGGACGCGCCGCAGGGCCCCAGCAUGGAGCCCGCCUACUACACUGGCAGCUACAGCCGGUGAGGCGCUCCCGGGCCUUCCGGGCCGCCGACGACGCGGAGCUCGUCGCCAUGGUGAUGCCGUCACCAUGGGCCUUCCCCACCGCCAGCGCCGUGACCAAGGUGGUCGAACGGUGCCGCCAUCCACGGAGCAUUCGGGCCGACCCGUCGGAGAACCACGAAGUGUCAUUCGGCCCUGGAGGACACGCGUCCGUCGCCCCAACGCGAUGACGGCGUCCUUCGGCCCUUCGGCCCUUCGGGGCGGAGAAAGGGGGCAGUAAGCUGCAGGACACGCACUCUCGCGGAAGCGAGGGAGAGAUUGGUUACCAUGGUCACCACGGCCGCCCGCGGGCUGAUUCGCUCCGUCUCUCUCGCACCUGCUGGGGAGUGCGGUAGGUGCGAGGGGCACGGAGCGACGAGAGCCAGGCCCUUUGUUGAGCGGGGCCGACGGCGGGGCCCAGCGCACCGCCUUUCUCAACAUGAAAUUACUAGUCGUUCGGGCGAUGGUUGCCUAGUGGCUGCAGUGGCUGCCCACCGCCUUCUCGGCGCCACGGCGCGCCAUGGGCAUGUCACCGCCUUGCAGUAAGUUAUUUAUCUAUCUAUCUAUUUAUUGGAGCGGCAGCACACCCAGUACACGCGAGAGGCGCCAAGUGGAUGCACUGCGAAACCCGUCGCAGACUUUCUAGGAGGAGCGACACUCUUUUUGUGUGGGUGUGGUGGCUGCCGCUCCGAGCAAUCUCGGAUUUAUUUAUAUUCUAAUUUAUGUUCUGCGAGAACGAGUGAGCGUGUAUUUAUUUGCGUGAAUGUGCCUUUUGUACGUAUCAUUGUAACUACCAUGAGACAUCCAACUUAUUUUGAGUCAUUAUGAUAAGUAUUAGGUUUAAUAAAGCCAUUGUUGACCGUU